UGGCUCUGCCUCGACCGCAACACUCCUCACACCACCCCCUGUCGCUGAUGCCUGACGCUGCUGGGGGUGGCCGCCGCUGCCGCCGCUGCUGCUGCUGCUGUCACCUCGCGCUGUCUCCGUUCCCUAUUGCCGGGACUACAGCCCUGCUCCUCCCCCUCCCCAACACCACCACCACCGUUCCACGACGUCUAUCACCGCGCGAGUCCGCGGCCAAUAGCCGACAUCGGAGACUCCCCCCCCCCACCUACCUCGCUGCGGAUGAGUGCGCGAGGCGCCCGUUGGGCAGCCCAAGUUUCAGUUCGCCGCGGGCGCGCUGAAGUUGCAACAGCGGCGAGCGAGACGAGAAGACCUCGAGACGCGGCCUCGAGGUGCGACCCAGCCUGGCACAAGCGCAGCGGUGACCUCACUGUCGCUGCGUGGCUAAACGGCGAAUUGCUUGCUGCUGUUUGCGUUGCGCGGAGGAUAGCGGCAAAGUUGCGUGUUGCUUGACAAUCCCCCCCCCCACACACCCGUUGCUGCUGUGGCAAGAGUCGUUGCUUGAGACUGGGACCAGGGAGUGGAACUUUUGUCGGAGGCGGGGAGAGGAACGCGGCUGCGUGCGCCGAGACGGAAGAGGCCACAGGCGCCUGGGAAUUUACAAAACCCGUGUCUGCCCAGGACGUCCGGUGUUGGUUGUGCCCGCGACGUUGAAGGUUCGGCACUCGGGAUAUCAUCAUCAUCAGCAGCAUCAUCAUCAUCAGGGGUAGCGGUAUCAGGGGCAUCAUCAUCAUAAUCAGAAGCGGCAUCAUCAGCGGUAUAAUAAUCGGUAGCUGAAACAUUACCUGUAACGGAGAAGUGCAAGCAGCAUCAGUGUCAGCUAGCAGUAGCAGCAUCAUCAUCAUCAGCAGCAGCAUCAUCAUCAUCAGCAGCAGCAGCAGCAUCAUCAUCAGCAGCAGCAGCAAUAGAAGCAUCGUCUGUCACAGAGUAGCAUCAUCCAUAUACCUCAAAUUUCUUCUUCAUCAUCAUCAUCACCAACACCACUGUCAACAGUAGCAGAAACAUCAUCGCCAAGUCCACCACUAUCACCACCACCACCACCGCUAGCAACAGUAGCCGAAACAUCACCAUCAUCAGCAACAUCAUCAUCCACCUACUCUACCAACAUCACCGUCAUCAUCAACAUCACCUACCAACUCCUUCUGCAAUAACGUCAGCAGCAGCAGCAGCACCACCACCACCAUCACCGACAGAGCAUCGCGUGGGACAGGCAGAGUCUCAAGACCGUCAUGGGGCGUCUAAGGACGGCGGCGCUGCUAUCGUCUCGCCGCCUGCUACCGUCACAGCCGCUGCUGCCGCUGCUGCCGCUGCUGCUACUGCUGCUGACGACGCGCGGAGUACCGAGACCCGCGGCCGCGUUCGGGGUCGCCGUGGGUCUGGCGGCGGGCGACGGCGGCGAUGACGACGAAGACGAGAGGCGAUGCGAGCCCAUCCGCAUCUCCAUGUGCCACCACCUGGGCUACAACGUGACCCGCAUGCCCAACCUGCUGGGCAACGAGCUGCAGCUGGACGCCGAGCUGCAGCUGCAAACCUUCACGCCGCUCAUCCAGUACGGGUGCUCGCAGCAGCUGCAGUUCUUCCUGUGCUCCGUCUUCGUGCCCAUGUGCACCGAGAAGGUGGACAUCCCCAUCGGGCCGUGCGGCAGCAUGUGCCUGGGCGUGAAGACGCGCUGCGAGCCCGUGCUCAACGAGUUCGGCUUCUCGUGGCCUGACAGCCUCAACUGCAGCCGCUUCCCGCCGCAGAACGACCACAACCACAUGUGCAUGGAGGGCCCCGGCGAGCAGGAGGGCGGCGCCGGCGGCGGCGGCGGCAGCGUUGGCAAAGCGGACGACGGGCGGAAGAAGUUAACGUCGCUCGUCGGCGGCGGCGCCGGCGUCGUCGGCGGUGGCGCCGGCGGAGGAGACGAGCCGGACGCCUGGCACGACGACGCCGGCGGUGGCGGCGGCGGCGGCGCCGUCGUCGCCGUCGCCCCGAGCCCGGAGUGCCGGGACAUGGGCCCCAACUGGGAGCAGUACGUGUGGGUGCGGCGCGCCGGGCGCUGCGCCCUGCGCUGCGGCUACGACAAGGGCCUCUACGGCCGCCCCACCAAGGAGUUCACCGACCGCUGGAUGGCCGUGUGGGCCGGCCUCUGCUUCGUGUCGACCGCCUUCACCGUGCUCACGUUCAUGAUCGACUCGUCGCGCUUCUCCUACCCGGAGCGGCCCAUCAUCUUCCUCAGCUGGUGCUACAAUGUCUACAGCGUGGCCUACGUGGUGCGCCUGGCCGUCGGCCGCGAGCAGCUCGCCUGCGACCUGGAAGACGCCGCGCCGGAGCCGUUCCUCAUCCAGGAGGGCCUCAAGAACACGGGCUGCGCCAUCGUCUUCCUCUUCCUCUACUUCUUCGGCAUGGCGAGCUCCAUCUGGUGGGUGGUGCUCACGCUCACGUGGUUCCUGUCGGCGGGCCUCAAGUGGGGCCACGAGGCCAUCGAGCAGCACAGCUCAUACUUCCACAUCGCCGCGUGGGCCGUGCCGGCGCUCAAGACCAUCGUCAUCCUCAUCAUGCGCCAGGUGGACGCCGACGAGCUCACGGGCCUUUGCUACGUGGGCAACCAGAGCCUGGACGCGCUCACGGGCUUUGUGGUGGCGCCCCUCUUCACCUACCUCGUCGUGGGCACGCUCUUCAUCGCCGCGGGCCUCGUGGCGCUCUUCCGCAUCCGCUCGAACCUGCAGAAGGGCGGCGCCAAGACGGACAAGCUGGAGAGGCUCAUGGUGAAGAUCGGCGUCUUCUCGGUGCUCUACACCGUGCCGGCGACGUGCGUCAUCGCCUGCUACUUCUACCAGAUCUCCAACUGGGACCCGGCGAGGCGCGGCGCGCCCGGCGAGCCGAGCGCCGUCGCCGUCGAGAUGGUGCGCAUCUUCAUGUCGCUGCUCGUGGGCAUCACCUCGGGCAUGUGGAUCUGGUCGGCGAAGACGCUCGGCUCGUGGAGGAGGUGCUCCGGCAGGCUGGUGGGGGGCGCCCGCACCAAGAACGACGCCAGGGGCUGCGUCGUCGUGGCGGCCGCGGCCGCGGCGUCCGGCGCCGUCGGGUGGCUCAAGCCGGGCCAGGGGAACGAGACCGCCGUGUGACGUCGGAGGGGGGGGGGGGCCGCUCGGACCGCGGAGUCGCCGCACCCACCACCCACCACCCACCACCGCCCCCCCCCCCAGCCCUCGCUGCCACCGCCACCGAGGGGCCGUCGCCCCCACUCUGCACCGUUAGCGCCGGGGGUUUGAAGCCUGCCGAGGGUGGCCGGCGUGGCUCUCGGCGUGCUUGCCGCUUGCUGCUGGGAGUCUAAUCAAGUAAACUUUAAGGCUGUAUAUUUUUUGUUAUUUUACCGCUGAGCUAUGUGGCUCUUUUUCAGAAGCGACCUUGCCAAAAAUGAUAGCUCAGCGAAGUGACUUGUCGCAGCCAAAAUACUCUCAGCGCGUGACGUUGAUUCUGAAUGUGGAGAGAGCGACGCGCAAACUCCAAAUACACAACAGGCGUCGGGGUCGUGAUCGAUCCCACGACCUCCUGCAUAGCAGGCGAAGUAGUUAACAUCUCCUAGUGGAGGGGAACAACGUUUCACAGUCGGUGCGUCGCAUCAACAACAACAACGACAACAACAAUCAACAACAAAGCAACAACUUCCCAGGACGUGCGUGCGUUUUUUUGUUGUUUUACUUUACUCCUGCAGAUAAAGUUUGACGUGAUGAAGAGCGAGCGUGCCGCGCUGGCGCUGACCCGCCGGAGCCGGCGCCACGGCCGGCGUCGUCGUCGCUGGGACGCUAACCGGGGGAGCCACGGCUCGCUGAAACGAACGAUAGCCGACGGAGUAUUCCACCACAGUGGCGUUCUUCAUUGCAAGGGCCGCGGGGCACCGACGGGCCCUGGUGGCCUUUGGCGCGAGCCCCUGACGUGUGCGCCCCACCACCACCACCACCACCCUCGAACACAAAUGGUGAAAACACCCCCCAUCAUCAUCAUCAUCAUCGUGCUGCUGUCCAAACCCCCCCCUCCCCGCAAUGGUUUUAAAUGUGUGGCAGCUCUCUUCACGCUGAUGACGUCUUAUCAGCGACAGUGCCCCCCCCCC